AUGACAAAUGAGUUAAUUACUAAAAGAGAAGACCCUGGUGCUUUCACUAUCCCGUGUACUAUUGGAAUGCUCCAAUUUGCCAAGGCUUUAUGUGACCUAGGAGCAAGCAUCGACCUGAUUCCAUACGCCAUAUACAAGCAACUUGGAUUGGGAGAACCAAAGGCAACUACAAUGAGACUUCUCAUGGCAAAUCGAUCGAUCAAGCAUAUAUUUGGAAUCCUCUAUGAUAUCUUGGUCAAAGUAGAUCGGUUCAUAUUUCUAUUUGACUUUGUGAUUUUAGACUGUGACAUUGAUGUUGAGGUCCCCAUUAUUUUGGGAAGGCCAUUCUUAGCAACCGGCAAAGCAUUAGUGGAUGUUGAAAGCGACAAGUUGAAAUUCCGUGUGAAUGACGAUGAGGUAACUUUCAACAUCUGCAAAUCCAUGAAACAACCAAGUGAUAUCUAUGUAGUGUCUACUGAAGAUGUUAUAGAUGAGGCAGUGGCAAGUGUGAGCCAUCUGCUGCGCAAGAAUUAG